AUGGACACCACCACAUCCAUCAAAAUGACCACUCUGGCCAUCCAGAACCUGUUCAGCUACGUGGAGGAGGAGAACCUGGCUGCUCUCAAAGCUCACCUGGACCGCUUCAAGGAGGUGGACGGACGCAGCGACAAUGGUCAGACUCCUCUCAUGCUGGCGGCAGAGCAGGGCAGCCUGGAGAUCGUCCAGGAGCUCGUCAGGAGAGGAGCUAAUGUCAACCUGGACGACGUGGACUGCUGGUCAGCUCUGAUCUCUGCAGCCAAAGAAGGUCAUGUGGACGUGGUGAAGGAGCUGCUGGAGAACAGCGCCUACAUCGAGCACAGAGACAUGGGAGGCUGGACGGCUCUGAUGUGGGCGGCUUAUAAAGGUCGUGUGGACGUCACCGAGCUGCUGCUGGAGCACGGAGCAAACCCCAACACUACAGGACAGCAGUACAGUGUGUAUCCGAUCAUCUGGGCUGCAGGUCGAGGACACGCUGACAUCGUCAAAGUGCUGCUGAACAACGGGGCGAAAGUCAACUGUUCUGACAAGUAUGGGACCACUCCUCUGAUCUGGGCCUCCAGGAAAGGACACUUUGACUGUGUGAUGCACCUCCUGGAGAACGGAGCUGAUGUUGAUCAGGAGGGGGCGAACUCCAUGACGGCUCUUAUUGUGGCGGUGAAGGGCGGCUACACCGAGGUGGUGAAGGAGCUGCUUAAGAGGAACCCCAAUGUGAACAUGACAGACAAAGAUGGGAACACGGCGCUGAUGAUCGCUGCUAAGGAGGGCUACACUGAGAUCGUUCAGGACCUGCUGGACGCAGGGACGUACGUCAACAUCCCAGACCGGAGUGGUGACACGGUGCUGAUUGGAGCAGUAAGGGGGGGUCACGUGGAGAUCGUUAGAGCUCUGCUUCAUAAAUAUGCUGACAUCGACAUCAGAGGACAGGAGAAUAAAACAGCUCUGUACUGGGCCGUGGAGAAAGGAAAUGCCACCAUGGUGAGAGACAUCUUGCAGUGUAACCCCGACACUGAGACCUGCACCAAGGAUGGAGAGACUCCCCUGAUCAAAGCCACCAAGAUGAGGAACAUCGAGAUCGUGGAGCUGCUGCUUGAUAAAGGAGCCAAAGUGUCAGCUGUCGACAAGAAAGGAGACACGCCCCUCCACAUCGCUAUCCGUGGGCGCAGUCGCCGCCUGGCCGAACUCCUCCUUAGAAACCCCAAAGAUGGACGCCUGCUGUACCGCCCUAACAAGGCGGGAGAGACACCAUACAACAUCGACUGCAGCCACCAGAAGAGCAUCCUCACGCAGAUCUUUGGAGCUCGUCACCUGUCGCCCACAGAGUCGGACGGAGACAUGUUAGGUUACGACCUCUACAGCUCUGCUCUCGCAGACAUCCUCAGUGAACCCACCAUGCAGCCUCCCAUCUGUGUGGGUCUGUACGCUCAGUGGGGCAGCGGCAAGUCCUUCCUGCUCAAAAAACUGGAGGAUGAGAUGAAGACGUUUGCCGGUCAACAGAUCGAGCCGCUGUUUCAGUUCUCCUGGCUUGUCGUCUUUCUGUCUCUGCUACUCUGCGGCUCCAUCGCCAUCGUCCUUGGCUUCACCGUCGACCCCAAACUGUCCAUGGCGGUCUCCCUCAGCCUGUUGGCUCUGCUCUAUCUGUUCUUUGUGGUGGUGUACUUCGGUGGGCGUCGGGAGGGAGAGAGCUGGAACUGGGCGUGGCUACUCAGCACCCGUCUGGCCCGUCACAUUGGCUAUCUGGAGCUGCUGCUUAAGCUGAUGUUUGUGAACCCACCGGAGCUACCGGAGCAGAGCACCAGAGCUCUUCCUGUCAGGUUCCUGUUCACAGACUAUAACCGUCUGUCGAGCGUCGGUGGAGAAACAUCGAUGGCCGAGAUGAUCGCCACGCUGUCCGACGCCUGUGAGAGAGAGUUUGGUUUCCUCGCUACACGUCUGUUCAGAGUGUUCAAGACUGAGGAGUCGCAGGGGAAGAGGAAGUGGAAGAAGACGUGCUGCGUCCCCUCCUUCAUCAUCUUUGUCCUGGUGCUGUCCUGCCUACUCACCGGAAUGGCGCUGCUGGCCGUCUUUAAGGUGGAUGGCGAGAACCAGACAGUGAACGCCGUGCUGAUCGCCAUCGGCAGCGUGGUGGGUCUGGCUUUGCUGCUGAACUGCAGGACGUGGUGGCAGGUGACCGACUCGGUGCUGAACUCCCAGAGGAAGAGGCUCCACAGCGCCGCCAACAGGAUGCACAAGCUGAAGAGUGAGGGCUUCAUGAAGGUGCUGAAGAAUGAGGUGGAGCUGAUGGCGAGGAUGGCAAAGACCAUUGACGGCUUCACUCAGCAUCAGACGAGGUUGGCCGUCGUCAUCGACGGGCUGGACUCGUGCGAACAGGACAAAGUUCUGCAGAUGCUCGACACGGUGAGGGUGUUGUUCUCCAAAGGGCCCUUCAUCUCUAUCUUUGCCAGCGACCCUCACAUCAUCAUCAAAGCCAUCAACCAGAACCUGAACAGCGUCCUCCGAGACUCCAACAUCAACGGACACGACUACAUGAGGAACAUCGUCCACCUGCCCGUCUUCCUCAACAGCAGAGGACUCUCCAGCGCCAGGAAGAUGUGUGCUCCUGCUCCAGCUAACGGAGACGCUGCCAACACUGACGGUUGGCACGAGGAGUUGGACAGGAAACUGUCUCAGCACAGUUUGGGCGAAUUAACCAAGUUUGGCAGCAAGACGACUCUCAACCGCCGGGACACGUACCGGCGGCGUCAGGUGCAGCGCUCAGUGACUCGUCAGAUGUCGUUUGACCUGACGAAGCUAAUGGUGACGGAGGAUUGGUUCAGUGACAUCAGCCCGCAGACGAUGAGGAGGCUCCUCAACAUCGUCUCUGUCACAGGUCGUCUGCUGCGAGCCAAUCAGAUCAGCUUUAACUGGGACCGCCUGGCGUCCUGGAUCAACCUGACGGAGCAGUGGCCCUACAGGACAUCCUGGCUCAUCCUGUACCUGGAGGAGACCGACGGAGUCCCAGACCAGGCCACCCUCAAGACCAUCUACGAGAGAGUGUCCAAGAACAUCCCGACCACCAAAGACGUGGAGCCUCUGCUGGAGAUUGACGGAGACGUCCGCAGCUUCGAGGUCUUUCUGUCUUCACGGACGCCGGUGCUGACGGCCAGAGACAUCCGGACCUUCCUGCCCUGCACCGUCAACCUGGACCCCAAACUGAGGGAGAUCAUAGCAGAUGUUCGUGCGGCCCGGGAGCAGAUGAAUAUGGGCGGGGUCACGUACCCGGCCCUCCCCCUGCAGGAGCCACAGCCCCGCCCCACCUCCGUGUACUCUCAGGUGUCAUCGGCGUGCUCGCCCUCCGCUUCCUUCGGCGGGCCCUUCAACCAGCCAGCAGGGGGCGUGGUCUCUCCACAGCCUCACAGCAGCUACUACAGCGGCAUGGCCGGACCGCAGCACCCCUUCUAUAACAGGCCAUAUUUCCCCCAUCACCUUUACCAGCUGCCACGCCCACUCAUGGCGCCCUCCUACCCAUCACACCUCCACCCACGCCCACUACCUAAAGCCUUCUUCAGUCGGGACGCCUCAGCUGCAGCUGGCUCGGCCUCCGUGGUGUCGGGCGCUCCAGCCAUCCUCCUCAGCUCCAUGACGACGGAGGCCGUCUGUGAGCGUGUGCGUCAGAUCGAGGGCAUCGACCAGAGCAUGAUGGGACAGUACGCCGCCACCAUCAGGAAGGCCAACGUGAAUGGCAGAGUUUUGUCUCAGUGUAACAUCGACGAGUUGAAGAAGGAGAUGAGCAUGAACUUUGGAGACUGGCAGCUCUUCAGAGCCACGGUUCUGGACAUGCGUCAAAUCGAGAGUCAGGUGCUGCAGGAUGAAGUUGCCAGUGAGCAAGGCAGCGUUGUGGGAGGUCCCACCGAGGCAGGAAGGCGAGCAGUGGCUCUGCCCCACGCUGGCGCCGCCAACGCAGAUGGUUCUCCAAUGUACAGCUUCAACCUGAGCUUCGAGGAGCUGAGCACCAUCGGGCUGGACGAUCCGGCCCGACACGGACACAUGCAGUGGAUGGGUGGCACUCACCGCACCGCCAGCAUGACCAGCCUGAACUCACAGGAGUCGUCCAAUGACAUCGGCAAGCUGACGGACAAGCAGCAGGCUGAGUACCGCAAUGCCUACCAGGAGUACAUCGCCCAGAUGUCUCAGCUUGAGAUGGGCGGCAGUGGUGCAGAGAGGCCAGUCCAACCACAGCCGUCACAGUUCAUGACAUCAUCAUCGUCAGACGACAAGGGCAAAGAUGGCGGUGAGCAGGAUGGGCGUAAAUCCUUCAACAAGAGGAGCAGCGGAAAACCGGCAGCAGACAACACUGACUUUGCCUCAAAUGGAGACGGUCUGGACCCGAUCACAGAGGAGGAUGAGAAGGGCGACCACGGCUCCUCCAAGUCCCUCCUGACUCGCAAGACCUCGGCUGAAAGAGGCGGGCUGUUCCAGGGUGCCGCUGACUUGAAGCUGAAGGCUGGAGGCGGGCUGCGCUAUCAGAAGCUGACCAGUGACGAUGAGGAGUCUGAGGAGUCGGAUAAUGCUCCGCUGCUGAAAGAUGGCAAGAAGGUGGUCGACCCUAAACUUCCCGGUGGCUCGCUGGCUUUGAAGGGGAAGGACUAUCUGUCGGACGCCAUGUUAGAUAAGAAGGACUCGUCGGAUUCGGGCGUGCGGUCCAACGAGAGCUCGCCCAACCAUUCGCUGCAGGACGAGGAGGCUGACCUGUCACAGCUGGAGAGGGCCAACCUGAUUGAGCUAGAUGAAGAGACCCUGGCGAGGAAGAGAUGCCUUCCCAGCAGCCUCAGCGGCCUCCAGGAUCCCGCCAUCGCCCGCAUGUCCAUCUGCUCUGAGGACCAGUGCAGCCUGCUGGCCAGCAGCCCUGAGGAGAGCUGGCCCUCAUCCAAGAGCUACAACCUGAACCGCACACCCAGCAACGUGACGCUCAACAACAACACCAACGCCCAGCAAGGCAACCACCCCCGCCAGCCUGCGGAGGGCUCCACCUCCUCCUCCAACCCCACCUCCACCUCCUCCUCCAGUGACGUCAUCCUCUCCCCAAGCUCCGGCACUACCAGCACCUCCAGCUCCACCACCACCUCCACCAGGCCAGGGCCCAACAAUGAGAACGUCCGAGUGGUUCACCUAAAGAGGGGCCUGAAGCCCGGAGACCCGCCGGAGAUCUGCACCGUGUCCUCGGACACUGUCACCUUUGGCGAGGAGCGGGAGAGCAUCCUGUGAUCUCAUGGCAACCUGCCAAGAUCAAGAGAGCACUGAGAGUCGAACCAGCAGCCUCCUUCAGCCUCCUCAGCCAAUCACAACUCAUUUAAAUUGAUCUCCUGGCUUGUCAGAUAUUAAAAUAAUAACAGCAGAGCGUCACUGUCGUUAACAUGGUGUGUUGCUGGAGGAGAGGAGUGGCUGCUGGUCGCUCGCCGUGUCGUCUGUUUUGUGAUGUCAUCAGUAGUUCAGUUGUUGUGCAUGUUUGUAAUUCUGUAGAAAAACUGCAUGUUGUUGUUGUGAUGUGACCCAACGCACAGGAAUCAUCAUCAUCAUCAUCAUCGUUAGUUCAUUAGAUGCUGAUGUAACUUAAAACUGGGUUAAACUCUAAACAUGUUUUUUGUUCACAAAUUCACAACAUACAACUAAAUAGUUAGAUAUAAUAUCUGAUGUAAAUUAGUUUACAGAGAAGUCCAGAACAUUGUUGUAAACUGUGGCCCCUCGGUGGCUGUGGCGCCUCUCGGUGGCCAUUCUAAGCUUCUGCUUUAAAACACUAAAUCUGUGAUGUCACGUUGAAAAAGGUCGUCACUGUGCAGGAUGCAGCUGAAUGUGAAGGAUUUAAUUCAACAAAGAUUAACGAAACAUCAUCAUGUCACGUUUUUCCGCCUCCGGUGCCGAGAUGGUUCUGAGCUGUGAUCAGAGAUAUAAACAUUAAAUAAAGUGAAGGAUUCAGGUGAUGUUCUGAUGUACUGGUCCGUCUGAGCUGUGCCACUAAAUGUAAACAUGACGUGAAUCUAAAGAUGAAAAGUUACAGAACAAACAUGUUUAUCAGAUUUUAAAUGAAGUCUAAGCAGCCGGCGGCGCUGCAGGACUGAUGCUGCUGCUGAGCCUCACCGCACACCUGGACUCUGUCUGGACUGUGUGGUUCUGGAGGUGAAGUUCUGCUGAACCCUAACAAAUGUUUAACUGCAGAACAGCUGCUAUAUUUUCUUCUGAUGACACAAAUUAAAACCUUUUUCAUUGGCUUAGCUGUGAUCGGAGUGGUGACAUCACCCAAGUCCUAUUACCUGCUCACUUCUGAUUGGUUGAUUCCUGGAGCUCAAACUGACAGAAGCUAAAUGCUGAUGGGUCAGUUAUCAGUAUUGAUCAGAUUUAAUCAGUAUUAACUGCUGUCACUUUACUGUUUGUGUUUAUUGUUGUUUAUUGAAACUGAGUCAAACGAACCAAUCAGAGCUCAGAGCCGACCCUGACAGCUGGAGGCUUUUAUUCUGAUGUUUGAUGAACUGUCUGAAUAUUGUAACGAGCUCAUUGAUGAGUCAUUGAUGUGUUAUUGAUGAGUUAUUGAUGAGUUAUUGAUGUUAUUGAUGUUAUUGAUGUUAUUGAUGUGUUAUUGAUAAGUUAUCGAUCAGUUAUUGAUAUGUUAUUGAUAAGUUAUUGAUGAGUUAUUGAUGUGUUGUGGGGUCUGUCUCGGUGCUCUCGUCUCUUUAACUCCUUUAAAUGUGAAACUAAGAAAUAAAAUCUGGAUGUUGAAUGUUGAA